AUGUCCACCUCAGCUGGUCCAGCCAGCAUGUCAAAAGCCGUGGAUGAUGAAAUGGGGAUGGACUACGAUCUUGACGGUAGUUUCCCUCCCCUCGGCCCAGAAGCUUUCGAACAGAUUAAGGAGCUAUACAAGCUGAACAUGUAUCGCGGAAGAUAUGAGACUUGGGCUUUCAGAGACAUCAAGUUCUUGGUCUACGACGACUCAGACGAAGUUCAACAGCCACAGGAAUCGCUCAGUACCUCGAUCGGUAACCCAGAAACUUACGACAGCGACGAUGAAGACAGCAAACUAAAAUGUGCGAUGAAGCUGUCUCUGGAAGACGCUGGGACGGGCCACGAGCAGCUUGAUACAGAACCCACCCUCCUCUCCGACAGCAGGCGGGCCUUGAAACGGCCAGCAACAGAAGCAGGCCCAUCGAAGGCUGCAAAGCAAAGGUACCUCGGUCAACAGCCCGAGAACAGUGAUGGAAAACAGGCUCCGUGCGAGAGUUCCCUCACGACCAAAAACCACGCAAACUACGACUCUUGA